AUGCCCGGAGCGAUCAAGGCAACUGAUGCGGCGGUAGACGAUCAAAAGCAACCGAAUGAGUCGACAACAUUUCGGGACGAACACUCCUCCUUGGAGAACGGGGCUGCCCGAGACCCUGCCUUUGAAGCAGCUUUGGUUAGAAAACUAGACUUCCACAUCAUUCCUGUGGUGAUGCUCUUAUAUCUAUGCUCUUUUCUUGAUCGCAUAAAUAUAGGAAAUGCAAAGUUGUACGGGCUAGAAGAAGAUCUAGGAAUGACGGGUACCUUGAAGUAUCAAACGGCGGUUUCAUUGCUAUUCGUCACUUACCUCCUAUUUGAGGUCCCCAGCAACCUUGUAAUAAAAAAGUUUAGGGCAAGUCGGUGGAUUGCCUUCAUAACGAUUUCAUGGGGUCUAGUUGCAACGUUCACAGGACUAACGCAGUCAUAUGGAGGGCUUCUUGUUUGUCGGCUCCUCCUCGGGAUUUUUGAGGCUGGUCUUUUCCCAGGCCUUACAGUUUACUUAACCUUUUGGUAUACAAGGAAGGAAAUCGCCCUGCGGAUAGGCUACCUCUUCGUAUCAGCAGCUAUUGCAGGUGCCUGUGGUGGUCUUCUCGCCUAUGCAAUCGGUUUCCUAGACGGGACCUCUGGGAUGAGAGGCUGGCGAUGGAUUAUGAUUCUAGAGGGCAUUCCAACAGUCCUCCUCGGCUUUGCCACCCCAUUUAUUCUCUCGGACGAACCAUCGACCGCCCGAUUCCUCACCCCUGAAGAGCGUGUAUUUAUGGCAAAACGUAUGCAACUUCAACAUGGAAGCGAUGUGCGGCCGGAAGAAAACUUGAAAAAGAAGGAUGUCAUAGCUUGUUUCAAGGAUUGGAAAUGUUAUGCAUACGCCGUGGGACUAUUUGGCAUGGAUACUAUGCUUUAUGGCUACUCAACAUAUCUUCCGACUAUUAUCAGAACACUCGGGACGUGGCCAGCACCAGUGGUGCAAGCAUUGACGAUACCUUGCUAUGCCCUCGGAGCUACUGUCUACCUAUUUGUGGCAUGGUGGAGUGACAAGCAUCAGCAGAGAGGGCUUCCGAGCUUAGUGGCUGCUCUAGUUGCUGUCGGUCUCCCGCUUGCAUGGAAUGUUGUAAAUAUCCCGCGCUAUGGAAAAAAGGUAGCCGCAAGUGGUUUCCAAUUGACAAUGGGAAAUGCGAGCGGAGUUAUGUCUGCUUACUUAUAUCCUGCAAGAGAUGGACCUCGAUUCAUAAAGGGUCAUGCUGUCACCAUUGCUAUGCUAUGCGUGGGGAUGAUAACUUAUGGAACAUUACUUACUUACUACAUCUCAGAAAAUAAAGCCAGGGAUGAGGGCAAGCGAGAUCAUUUGAUCGAAGGAAAAUCUGAAGAAGAGAUUAAUGAGAUGGGCGAUGACUCGCCCCGGUUUAGAUAUGUCAUUUAA